AAAAGCUGCACUGUGCAUUUAUCUUAGUUGGGCUGUAAAGGGGAAAGAAACACACCACACACCACACACACACACACACACACACACACACACACACACACACACACACACACGGAGCCCUCGCUUUCUGCAUGUGAAAUGUGUGUGUUCUUUAGAAGCCAGUGGUUGGCUGGUGUUCCGGACAUGAUGUGGUCGAGGCUGUCAUCGUAAUGGAAAUUCACUGCCGUAGCUAUGGUAAAUCGAGUGUUCUGCCUGUGCUGAAUGCAUUAGUCUAAUGAGAUGUUUGCAGCGGCGAGCAGGCUGGUGGAGACUAGCUGUGAGCAGCAGUAGCACACGGGUGGAAGGCAGCGUGUGCAAUCCUCGGGGGCGCUUGCAGGAUGCACACAGGUGGAAGAUAGCCUGUGCGAUCCUCGGGGGGCACGUGCAGGAAAUCACCUUCUUCUAAGUCAACACUCCCAACCCGAUCAACACCCUGAGCAGGGCUCUGUGAUCGAGCUGUCGGACCUCUCUUCCCCGUGCGCUUUGCCUCCUCAUUCGGUAAGACUGGCCCCGGCGGAGAUGCAGACACAGAAGGUCCCGGGGAGGAAGCGCGGCCGGCCUCCCCUCCACGCCACACCGGUGCCCAUGGCAGUCCAUAACCUUUACUCUGCUUCUACCGGCUCGGGACCAGCAGUGGCAAUCCCAAAGAAGAGAGGGCGGAAACCCAGGUACAAGAUCAAGCCUCCAGUGCUCAUGACUCCCUUGGCUCUGUCGCCUCCACGGAGUACCCCGGAACCCGACCUCAGCUCCAUCCCUCAGGAUGCAGCCACCAUCCCCAGCUUGGUGGUCCCACAGGCUCUCACAGUGUGCCUCUACAUUAACAAGCAGGCCGAUUCAGGGCCGUACCUGGAGAGGAGGAAGCUGCAGCAGCUUCCUGAGCGCCUGGGGCCUGAGCGGCCUGCAGCUGUCCUGCAGCAGGCGGUGCAGGCAUGCAUCGACUGUGCGCACCAGCCAAGGCUGGUCUUCUCCCUUGUCAAGCAGGGCUACCGCGGUGAGCUGGUGUCAGUCUCUGCUUCCUUUGAUGGAAAACAGCACCUGAGGAGUCUGCCCGUGGUGAACAGUGUGGGCUAUGUCCUCCGCUUCCUGACCAAACUGUGCCGCAGCCUCCUGUGUGACAACCUCUUCAGCCACCUGCCCUACCCCGGGAGCCUCGGGGCCUCUGAGAAGACCCAGGAGAGAGAGGACGGGAGGACGGAGUCAGCCCAGGCGGCCCCUGCUGAAGAGUGUCUGGCGAACCCUGUAGGCAUGAGCCGCUACAGCAUGGACGCCUCCUCCACGGCCUUUAGCCACAGAGGCUCCUUGACCCACUCCUCCUCACAGUACUACAAGAGGCUCAACUCUGGAGACAGCCACCUUGGGGGAGGCCCUCCCGCUACCACCGGUGGUUCCCGUACCAACGCUGUGCCCUUAGGAGGUCCAUCGACGCCUGGACUGAGGUUCCCAGCCUCCAGCCCCAAGAGGAGUGAUGUCGAAGGAGACAGAUGUGCCUCCAGCCCCUCUCCAGAGGUGCCGGACAUCAGGCGACUGAGCAGCAGAAACCCUUCGACCUGGACCGUGGAGGACGUGGUUCGGUUUCUGAAGGACGCUGACCCUCAGGCUCUGGGGCCUCAUGUGGAGCUCUUCAGAAAGCAUGAGAUUGAUGGCAAUGCCUUGCUGUUGCUGAGGAGUGACAUGAUCAUGAAAUACCUGGGACUGAAGCUGGGACCCGCACUGAAACUCUGCUACCACAUUGACAAGCUGAAGCAAGCCAAGUUCUGAAGUGGGUAGAGUCGGAAGCAAAGCCCCAGACCUCAAGACCGUCUUCUGCCUGGCCAGCACCCAGCCAGCAUCACAAGUAGAUUGUCUUCUUACAAGUGACGGCCACAAAGACUUUGUCUUUUUGCAAAAUGUGCAUCUUUGCCGUUUCUAACAUUCCAAAUGGCCCCUUUCAGAGGCUCGACUGCGUUCAUUGAUUGUCAGAAAAAUCACAAAAGGCCUGUUACAUUUAAUGUUCCUCACAUGCUGGUCACUCUUUAUGGGUGCUAUUUAUGUCAUGACAGAGUGGAUAACUGAACACUGCCACCCGAGGAGAGCCCUGGAAGGGGCUUUCAAAGUUGAGAAGGACCUUGUCCUUGGUGGUGGUGUGGGGUCGCCCACAGCAAAAGCAGCCUCCCCUGUUCUGGGGACCUAUCAGCCUGAGCCUCACUGGAGUCAGCUCUGGGGUGACUUUCUCCCGAGGAUGACUUGCCUCGCCUUGCGCUGUCUGAAAACUUCAAGUUUUUUGGCUCCCUCAAAGAACAGUGAGGGAAAGAUGUUUUCUAGCUCCUGCAGUCCUUCAUUGCUCCACCAGAGGGCAGACUGCACUGCUAAUGAGAAUUCAGGAUGCUGACUGCCGUGGUCUGCUCAUUCAGACCUCAUGGCUGCGUUAGGGCUUCUAUGAGCAAGAUCUGGUCUGGACUGGGACAGGGGAUUAAUGCCACAGUCAGCAUCCCAGAUUGCCACUUGAGAAGAAAUUGUGAUCUGGAGGGUUCCAGAUUCACUGCUGACUGACUGGGGAGGGAAGAAUCUGGACACAACUGUCUGCCUAAACAAAGAUUUGGAGUCCCUUCCCUCCCAGACUCUUGCUGAGGGCUGAGAUGCUGGCAUGCUGAAGGAUCUUGGUGACAUUUAUCGAUGUGCGUUUCUUGAAGAAAAAGAAGGGAAGAAAAACUGUCUCAACAAAGCGUGGAAUGGGAGUGCUGAUUUUGAGUUAUGUGGCCGCAUUCUGUGGCUGUGGCUGUGGCUAAUUUUUCUAGUCCUCGACAAAUACACAGAUGUGUUUUUAUUGGGUUUAAUUCAAUUUACAAAUAGGUUUUUACUCUUCACUGUGAAGUAAUAAGAAAAAAAUUGAUUUUCUUCCCUUUGCAGCUGUGUCUAGCGAGGGACGGAGCCGCGGUUUACCGGGCAGAAGGGUGACCUCUUUCUGCUGUCCGUGGUCAAGUCCUUUCUUUCCCUCUGUUUAUAAAGACUCUUAGAGAACUCUGGGCACAUCUUUUUUCUUAAAGGCGCGUCUGGGGAAGGUGAGGAUCAAGAGUAACAUAGGGUUUCCCAUGGCCACAGCGUGAAUUAGGAAAGGUGUCUCCGCUUAGGCUGCAGCCUGAGCAAGGUCACAGCUGGCAUGUGGAGCCAGAGGGGUGUUGACCCCUCAGCUCUCAGCCAGAUGUCCUGCUCCAGAAUGAGGUAAGGGUAGCUUCUUGGAUGGAGCUACCUACUGUACAGAUCAGCUAGAAUUUAGGCGAAGUCCACAGGAACUAUUCCAUGGUGUGCUACAGGGCCCACUUUGAUGUCCCCUGUUGGAGAAAGUGUGACCUGACACCCGCAGGAUCUCUGUUAAUGAACACCGGUGGUUGGACUUGAAAUAUGACAGAGAAGGGGAAGAAUGUCCCAAAGCUUCCCACCACAGGGAACUUGAUCAGUUUCAGAUGAGCUGGAUGUCUGGUAUUUUUAGCAUGCAACAAAAUGACCUUGAAUCAGACCUUGGGGAGAAUCUUUAAGAAGUUAGAAGCAGUGAGCAGACUCUGCCUUGCGACAGCUUGUUAGGGCCAGGUGCUCGCCACCGCUCUGAGUUAGAGCCUUGUCUCAAAGAGCGCCAGACAGUUCAUAGAGACAGAACCAGCUGCUGGUGUGGAUGCAGUGACAGCUGGAAACAUUGCUCCCCUCAGCUGUGGGUGCCCUCUCUCUGUAGACUCAUGGUACCUCUUCCAGGGACACAGACUUCUUAGUGACUUGCAGGAUUAAGCUUUCCAAAUGUCCUGCCUGACCUUAUCUGUGCCUCCCUGGUGUCCCCAAGUUAAAAUAUGCCCAAACAAGUCAGAGAAGCCAGCCUCAAGGAGUCUUUGAAGGAGAGCUAGGACCUGGUUCAAGUCUAUGGGGGGCCUGGAGCUGUGUCCCCACACGACACCUCUCGGUCAGGUGCUGUCUUAUUUCACACAAAGCCUUAAAUUAGUUUGAUUGCAGAUUCCCAGACAUUUAAGGUUUGGCCAAAGUUUUAAAAAUGAAGAAACCGAGAAGCAGUUUCGUUCUUCUUGGCAUGAAGGCUGCCACGCCACGGAAUAACCAGUGGAACCAAUUCUUCUUGCCUGUUUUGCAUGGAAUCUAAUUAGCUGACCAAAUCAUUGUAGCAAUGCUGCAAUUAUAAUUAAUUUCCAUCCCUCUCAAAACCCUUGUCAAACAGGGCAGCUAAAUAGCUUCUCAAAUGUAAAACAUGCCAGGCCAUUUCCUCUAAACAGACCUGAAAGGUCAGGCUACAGGGGUUACUCUGGUCCAGAUGAGAAGGACUUGAACUCACAUUUGGCAGAUAAGACAUUUGCUAUUCCGUCUGCGUAGCUUUGCUUCAGGUUGUAGUGAAUAAUGAUCAAAUUUUGCAUAAUUCCAAAUUAAAGAGUGUGUGUGCUCGUGCUCCAAACAUUUCCAAUUACAUUUGUCUGUUAAACACUCGGAAAAAAAAUCAAGACAUAAUUCUGUUGCCUAAAGCAUCUUAAAUGUUUUAUGAAACACAUUAUUCCCUUUGUGAAGGUUUUAGAUAAAAGAUGUGGUGUGUGUGUGUGUGUGUGUGUGUGUGUAUGUGUGUGUGUGUGUGUUUGGGUGUGUGUGUGUGUGUGUAUGUGUGUAUGUGUGUGUGUGUGUGUGUGUGUGUGUGUGUAUGUGUAUAUGUGUGUGUGGGUGUGUGUUUGGGUGUGUGUAUGUAUCUCCUGAUACUGGAGCUGGAAUAUGGGAGGAAGUGGUUGGGAGUAAACCAUGUUUUUAAGCAUCUUUCCGGCUUUGUAAUGUGGAGGCAAAGCCAGUUUAAUCCUACUGCUGUUAUAGAAGGUGUUCCCUCCUACUGUCGCGGGCCUGGCCUGUGGACAGCUAGAUGACCAGAACAAUUCUGGCUUCUGGACUUGUUCCUCUCACGCGGCUGACUUGACAUGUCAAACCCGGGGACCGGGCGGGAUGCCUGAGGGAAGGGCACCCUGGGGAGCCCCAGGCAGAGAGAACUGCUGACCAAGGGUCCGGUCGUGUCUACCAAGGAGGACGUGGACCUGCUAUUUCUCUUCAACGGUUUCGUCAGUGGUGUUUCCCUUUCAGUAGAAAUAAAGGGGCAGAAAACGCCUCGGAAAGACCAAAACCGAGUUAAAAAUUAGUAACUUGGGAAGGGAUGCUGGGCUGAGAGUUUCAGAAGCAACCAGAACAUGCAAACGCAUACGUUUCAUAGGAAGACAAUAAAAGAGCAGUUGUGUCUUGGCCCAUGACACGGCCAUAACCUAGUUUCACAUCUCGGUGCCAUCACAGAAUACUUCCUAACAUUAAAACUUUAAAUUAAAAAAAGAAAGUUUUUUAGAUUCUCUUAGGAGGGUUUUGUUGACUCUUUGAAGAAAAUUGGAAACAACCGAUGUUCUAUUUGAACAUCAUCAUCAUCAGAAAGUCUUGACGGGCUUUCUGAUCUCUUCCUGAGGAACGGAGAGGUGUUCCUACGCAUAAGCUAUGGGAUGUGUGCCCACGGUGGGGCCAGGCUCACACUCUUUAAACCACAGCUAAAGACAUGGGCUGUGAAGGAGUAGCUUUUUUCUUUUUAAUUGCCACAUCUUGUUAAGAAGAAGGGUGACAAAAAAAUCCAACUGUGCUUUUUUUUUUUAACAUGAACACACUGAGAUGACACACACACACACACACACACACACACACACACACACACACACACACACGCUUUCCUGCUGUGUGGCCAUGUGACUUUACUCUUAGUUCCAUGAGAGGACCAGACUGAAAACCCCUGAGGGAAACCCAGCAGAUGGUCAGAUGUCCAGAGGCACAAACGUGCCUGCUUCCAUAUUGCCAAGCUAACGGCAGCUGUCCAACAGCCCGACUCCAGGGCACGGAUGCUGGAGCCUCAGCCCCUCCAUGUCCUUCCCUCCAAGGCUUAGCCUCAUCCAACGUGAUUCCUUCACGGACAAUUGGAAGCUGGGUUUUUUUGGAAAUCUCGUAUUUACUUGAAAGAGGAUCACUCUUAUUUACCGCCACCAGUUAAAGAUUAUGGCCACAUGUCUGCUAACAAUUUGCUUUGUGUAAUUUCGUUCUAAUGCUAAUAAACAACAGCUGGGGCACUUCCUGCACUAAGUUCCU